GUAAAAUGCUUAGGAUAUUUAUAGUACUCAACAUAAUUUUCAGUUAGAUCGUAAAGUUCUAACUCCAUAAUUCCUGGCUACAUUUUGAAAUGUUUUCUAUUUGACAGAUAUUAAUAUAACAGCAACAUUGGAACCAUUCGCCGGGAGCCGGUGUGGAACACGGACACUUUAUCGGUGGAACCCUCACUAUCAUAACAAUCCGAUCGUUCGUCGCUGUGCGGCUGUGCAGCUGUCAGUAGCAGUGAGGUAGCAGCUGGCAGGAGGCGGGAGUCGGCAGUUGGCCGAGACCUGGUCGAAAUGUUCACCUCACAGACCUCCUCUUUCCAGGACUCCAUUGACGUGGAAGAAAAGGACACGGAUUUCGACAACGAAGAAAUAACGCAACAAUUAAACUGUUAUUAUUCGAUCUAUUUCUAUCAAAACAGGGCUGACGUAUCUGAAGACCAUGUGUCUCAGGGCCACAGAAGAACAGAAUCUACAACAAGUCAGGAGGAGUUCAGCCUGUCUCUCGUGGACACCAGCUUGCCCGCGGAGGCCGAACCAGAGUUGCGCUGCUAUAUUUCCCGGCGCCUGAGCAAAGGAGCCCUUCUUGGGGGGAUGGGCAACAUUGCCACAGUGGACCUCAGCUUGCCAGAACAGGCAGUUGGCUGCUACUGCUGCCUCCUGGAGCCUGAUAGAGCCCAAGAUCAGGCUGAAGACGAGGACAACGGUGCCUAUGUUGUGUGCCUCCUAGGUGGCUCAGAGAAGGGCCUCAAUCUAUUCAGACUAGAACUGGACAAGUAUGUGCAAGGCCUGCGUAGCAGUCUGAGUCCUGAGCUGCAGAAUCUGGAGACUGAGAUCAGACCCUACCUCAGCCGAUGGUAUGAAGAGUCUGUUAUGCACGUCCACAGAGUGGUGCAGCUAGUCCAGGGAGACGUUGCCUACUUGCUCCAUGCCGCUCUCAGUCACACCCAUGUGGAAGUUAGUGGAGCAGACGAGAGAACCGAGAUGGACAUAGCCAGGUUCAUCAAGGCAGCCAGUCUACAAGGCCUGGCUACAGAGGAGGCCACUGCAGCAUCUUUGUGUAAAUCCCCCACCAAAGAGUCGCAGGUGGACCUGCUCAUCGACUGCUCCUGCUCCCCGCCAGCCCUCACCAAUGCAGUCAGUAACCGCUUCUGCGAUGACUGGAUCCAGGCCUUCCUGAAUGCAGCUGAGCGCUGCAACCCAUUCUUGCUGCGGCAGAUCUUGGAGAACUUCAAGCUCAAGGCCAUUCAGGACAUGAACAACCUGAAGAGAUUCGUCCGCCAGGCAGAGAUGAGCCACUAUGCACUGUUCCGCUGCUGCCUUUUUCUUCAGGCCUGCGGGAAUGGCGAUGUGUUGUUGCGAAAUGCACGGGCCGAGCACAGCGGUCUGCCUGAGGCCUGCAGCAUCAUCCGGGUGCUGGAGGAGUUCCUCGGCGAGCAGGCUCAGGGUGUCCGCUGCUGAUGUACAGCAGAAUAGCAGCAAAGGAGCUGGAGCUGAGAUCUGAUUACGUUUAGGGUUCAGGUUUUGGAAGCAGCCGCUUCUGUUGUAUCCCUGAGUGGAAUACUCUUGUUGAACUAGAGUUAUUAAAGUAAGAGGUUAAAUUGACACGAGUCACUUGGAUAAAAUUGUCUGCUAAGAAAAUAAAUUACUGGACAGUAAGGGAUAACAUGACAGAAAUCCUUGCUUUGCCAUCCAGGCUCAUUUGUAGGCCAUGGGGAUAUAAAUACUUCCAUGAGGCCAUACUAAGCCACACUGUCAGCCUCCAAUAAAAGUAAGGACAGAAAAUCACAUGGUAUCUCAAAUAUUACCUUUGAACUGUGACUAAGUUAAGGACCAAUUCCUACCAUUACUUUUGUUGUUUCUAUAAAUUAGUUAACUUGCAUGUUAAAAUAAGUGUAUUCUGUUCCAGCUUUUAAUUUUUUUUUGAGAAAACAAAAAACUGAAGGGAAAAAUGUAUCUUGAUGUCAACCUGUAGCAAAACAGUCAUUAGCUCUUUGCUGUCAGCUCAGUUUCCUUAGUAUUGAUGCAGACAGUGGUCAUUUGUUUGUAUUCUGUACUUAAGCUCAAGUGUACAAAACAUUUGUGAUGAAAUACUGUGUAAUUUCCACAAAUUUACAUGCAUGCACUACAGACUGUGUUUAGUACCAAGAAGUUUGCAUUUGAGAUAAUGCAUUUUACAGCUGUGAUUUUGUUAAAUGAUGUACAUGAUUUUCUGCAUCCUAAAGUUUUAUUUGAUGUUGUUAUAUCCGGUAAUGAAGACUACAUUUAUAUUUACCUCUUGAGGCAUUUACUGCUUGAGUUAAAAUAAUGAACCCCUUCCAUUGAUAUAUGAUGCUACGUCUGUUUACUUCUGCAGUAAAGGGUCUCGCCAACAAUGUAUAUUUUAACAGUAACACUGAAAGAAACAUGUCACUUGAAAGUCAUGACAGUGGUGUCAUGUGAUGAAGGUUCAGCUAAUGAAAGUGAGGUUCCGCUGACUGACAACACACCACUUAUGUCUAACCCUGCUAACGGCGCAUGACCACCUCACCGUGCAAUGCAUCAUUUCUUUUGUGUAACAUUGUCUUUCAUGAAGCGGUGACGUAAUAUAAAUAAAAACAAAUG